AUGGCGUCUGACGCAACCAACGAAGUCAACAACAGCAUCAUGACACCCACGGCGGCGGACAAAGUCUUCAACACAACCGAACUCCUCGAAACCAUCCUCCUCUCCCUCGAUUUCCGCACCCUCCGCAGGCGAUCCAUCAACUCAACCUUCAGCGCAACCAUCGCGACCUCCCCCCAUCUCCAAACCGCCCUCUCCCUCAGACCCCCCGCCCACAACACCACCACCAUCUACACCAACAUCCUCUGGAGCAAGAUCUCCACCCCAGAAGCCUACAACUUCUGCCUCGCCGAGCACGCGGCAAGCGGCGACGUCGUGUUCCACUUCGGAAACAAGACGCCGUCGGCGGCGGAGCCCGCUACGGGGUCUUGGCGCGGAAUGUAUUUCGGUGUGCGCAUGACGCCGGGACGCAGUGAGAUUGGUGUGAGAUGGAACGGGGGGAGGCAUGCGCGGUAUAUCGCGGCGUGGAAGGAGCCGUGCACUUUGGGGGAGGCGCUUGAUGCUUCGGUGGGCGUGGGGGUGAUGGGCGGGAGGUGGAGGUGA